CAACUCCUGAACCCAAAGCCCAAAAGGAAAAAACACAAAAAUUAUUAAUAAAUAAACAGAGGAGGAAAGAAAGAAACCUAAACAAACACAAUGCCUUUGGUUCCUUGGUGUUUCGGCGGUUCACUCGUGCGAUUCACGUGUUAGAUCCGUCUUCCUUCUCCUCAUCAAAUUCCUACAAUUUCCCCCAAACGAACCCUAUAAAUGCUUUCUUUUUCUAUAUUUUCUCCACUCAUUCUUAUUUAUUUCAACGUUAAUUAAAAAAAAAAAAAGGGGAUUUUGAUUAACCAAUUAAAAAUAUUAAUGCGUUGUGUUAUAGACAUCGAUUUUUUGUUUUCUGAUACAAUUUUGAUUUGAAGUUCCAAAACCCUAAUUUUCGAAUGGCUAUGACGGCUGAUUCUUCUUCUCCACGCGACGGUCUCAACAGCCCUCAGUUCCGCCGCAAGAAUUUGCCUUCUCCUUGGGCCCAAGUUGUUCGAGGCGAGUCAGAAUCAAUCUCAGCCGUUCAUCAUUCCCCUUUUUCACCAUCAUCAACAACCUCAUCCCCCGUCGCUUGCUUUCCGGAGCAAACAACUUUUUCCGAUUGCUCCCCUUCGAAAGCGGCUUCUUCCUCCUCCUCGUCUCCGCCGCCGGAUAUUUCCUUAGCCGCCGACGAUGGUGGUUCUGAUUCCAAUAGCAACAAUGGGGCUGCUCGGUCCAAGAAGCCGGCUUGGAACAAGCCUUCAAAUGGCGUCGUCGAGGUGGGCCCCGUAAUGGGAGCUGCGUCUUGGCCUGCUUUAUCUGAAUCCGCUAGGGCUUCCCCCAAAUCAUUAGCCGACUCUUCUGCCAAGACUGUUUCUGAUGGAUCGCUUUCUAAUUCUCAGGGUCCAGUAAUACCCCAAUCAGCUCAGAAGCAAGGUUCUAGUAAUGCUAACUCCAAUUCAACACCAAACCGUACAAUGUCAGGUCGGCAAAGGCCUUCUAAGCGUGGUGGCAGUGGAGGUGGAGCUAUUGCUCCUCCACAGAGUGGCUUUUCACAUCAACACCUAACUCCACCGCCACCACCGUCAUUUCCUGUAAUACAAAUGCCUCCGAAUAGUUAUGGUAAUUUCAUCCCAGCAAUGGCAGAUUCUUCUAUGAGAGACCCUCAAUACAGGGGCAAUAAUUGGGAAACCAGACCAGGAGGAGGGUUUGCAUCUCAAUCACACAAUGAUCACCGGCAUUCUUCUCGGAGGGGAAGCAACUAUGGACCACGUGGAGAUGGUGGCUACCAUAACAAUUUUGGGGGCAGGCGUGAUCAGGACCGUGGAAAUUAUGGGAAUGCAAGAGAUGGUCAUAUGCAGCCUCAGAGAGCUCCUCAAAGGGGUUUUUCAAGGCAUCCACCAGCCACUGCUCAUACUUUUGUUCUUCCACAGCCUGUGAGACCAUUUGUGAAUCCCAUAGGAUAUCCUGAGUUGAUAUACUUCCCGUCGUUUAGGGGCAUGCCUUUAUUUGCCCCUCCCCCUGCCCCACCUCCUGCAAUUUUUAUGCCUGUUCUGGAAGUUCCUCUGCCUGCAAAGUUGUUACAUCAGAUUCAUUAUUAUUUCAGUGAUGCUAAUUUGAUACAAGAUGAGUUUUUGAAGUCUAACAUGGAUGAUCAGGGCUGGGUAUCCAUUUCUUUAAUAGCUGGAUUUCCUCGAGUUAAGAGUUUGACAAGCAACAUUCAGCUGAUAUUGGAUUCCUUGCGGAGUUCAACUGUUGUGGAGGUACAGGAUGACAAGGUGAGGAGGCGUAAUGAGUGGACGAAAUGGAUACCUUAUCGGGUUUCUACAGAGUUGGGCUUACUUUCUCCAGGUGGAACUAGUGCUGAUAUGCUGGCAAGUUCUCUUCAGCAGCUUACGGUAAAGGAAGAGUCUAAUAACCAAUGUAAGGCAGGUAAUGUGAACCCUCAUGCCGAGGACACUUCAGGAAGACAUAAAUCGGAGCUGAUUAGCUGCUCUCAACUCUCCAAUGGGAAGGGUUCUGAAGACACAUGUUUGGACCAAAACUGAUCAAUAAAUGCCACAAGAAAAGCACAAUCCAGUCAGGAUGGUGUGUUCUUAUUUUUUAUUGGAGGGGGGUGGAUGCUGCUUCACAAGGGAUGGGACACCUUUUUCUUUUAUUUUUGCCAUCAUCUUACUCGGUUUUGGCGCUGUUUUGACGAGGCAAUCAGAGGCAGAAAAAAAUAAGAAAGAUACAUAAAUUUAUCUUUGAAAGGUAAAGAAGUGAGAGAGUGAGAGAGAGGAGAGAGAGAUUAGGCUUGAAUGGGGAAAAUUUAUGGGGCUAUUUGGGUGUAUAGUUUUGCUAUUCCUAUGGACAAUUGUGUUAUUUUUUUGGUGAAUUUUGGUGGCGUGACGAUGGGUGAAGCAUUCCAAGGGAGGUGGGAGUUGGAAUUGUCGUUAACAUGGCUGAGAAUGUUUUAUUAACUAUAUCUAGGUGCAUUAUUUAGUUAACAUUCUAGUUCUUUUGUUUUACAAUUAAUGGUUUUGUUACUGCCUGCCUCACAUUCAUAAUUUAUAUAUUUUACACUCGCUUGCAUACAUUUUCUUUAUGCUUAUAUUUUCAUUGGCGUUGAUGGCUCUUCCUCUCAAAUGAGAGCAUUUCCUAUGUUGUCUGA